AUGAAGGCAUCCAUCAAGUUGGCCACCUUGGCCUGUGCUCUUUCAGGAGUCAGUGCCGCACCCGAGAAGGCGGAGAAGCGAGCCGGUUGCAACGCCGACAACUGUCUCCGUGCCAUCGCCAUCACCCGCUUGGGCGAGGCGACCCGGCAGGUCCGCCUGUACGACUGCAGCAGCUUUCUGCAGGCGACUGUCACGCCGGCAGCCACAACUAUCGUUACUACAUCAACGGUAAUGACCACCGUCACCUCCGGGGCCGCCAGCAUUGUCCCCAACAAGCGUGAGGAUGCACCGCUGGCUCCCCGUUCCGCCUCCAGCGAGAAGCCCAUCCCGGCCUACGCCAGCCCUUGCUCGGGCUCCGUCCGGUAUAGCAGCGCCUGCUUGUGUGCCGGCGCGACCAUCUCCACAGAGACCGCCGAGGUCGAGACUCUGACAUCGACCGUGUAUUCCACGUCCACGAUCGUCAUCAGCGACAGCCCCGCGUACCAGCCUACCAAAGCGGUGCACGUUCCCAAGUUCGACGACUGGACCUCUACCUACACAUACGAUGAGGUGGCUCUGCCCACCUUUGCCGCUCAGUCGGACCCGACCUUUUCCGCUCCUGUGCCUACGUCAACUUGCCUCUUUGAUCCCACAGUUCCAGGCAAUGAGUUUUACAUCAUGGAUCAAUAUUCCGGGUACAUGGUGAACCGCGAUGGUGCUCCAGGGCCACCUGCGCCGCCCACUACCCAGGAGGAGGCCGAUGCCAAGGCUGACCCGUCCACCUUUAAUCCCCCUACCUACGUCUUUGAGAAGCCAGAGAAUGGCCCUGACCGUAUGUACGACAUUGUACUCGCCGGUAGCAACCCAAAACUGUAUAUCGCCAUGAAGACCAACGGAGACAUGACCUUCACCACUGGAUCUACUCAGGGUGUCGUUAAGAACCGCUUGAUCACCACCAUCUUCAAUGUCGACUGCUUCGGCAUGCUCACCGUCACCCAGGGCACCACAACUUACAUCUGGAAAGCCACCGACAAGGGUACCAACGCCACCCCCGGUGCCCCCAACAACGAGGGCAUCGUCAUCCUGCCCAAGUCCAUGCGGAACCCGAUCCCUCCCAGGCCGUCUAAGAGAGACUUGGAGGAGCGGACAUAUGCCGAGGAGGGUUUCAGCCCGCGAUGCUUCGGCGCUCCUAGCAACGUGUUUGCUGUGACAAAGGUUGACGCCCGCAAACCGGCCGCCAACGGCUGCGGCUCUGGAGCCCUCGGCAAGUUGGUGCCCAACUGGAACUUUGGCAGUUGUUGCGACGCCCACGACUACUGCUUCGACAACUGUGACCGGGCCUUUGAGGGCUGCAACCUCGACUUCCUCGGCUGCAUGUCCAAGAAGUGCUGGUCUGUCGCCAAGAGCUGGACCUUCUGGCUCGCCCCGGCCUGCUUCGGCAUGGCCGAUCUGUACGCCGGCAUCGUCAGCGGGCCCCUCGGCAUGGUCGCCUUCCAGAGCGCCAACAGCGACCGCUGCACGUGCACCUGCCCGAGCUCCAACGGCCAGAAGGCCAGCAUCUGCGGCCCCAACUGCAUCGUGACGGGCGGCAACGACAACAACAACUGCGGCGGCUGCGGUAACACGUGCCCCUUCAAGACGCACUGCUCCAACGGCGGCUGCACCUGCGACGGCGACCGCUGCGGCAACCUGUGCCUGAACCUGCAGACGCACCCGCGCAACUGCGGCUCGUGCGGCAACGUCUGCGCCUCUGGCUACUGCUGGCAGGGCACCUGCAUGCCCGUGCCCGCGAACCCUGACCACUGCAUCCCCGUCGACGGCUUCGACAACGGCGGCUUCGCCUACAACUCGGACCAGGGGUGGACCGUGACCCGCACCGGCGACGCCCUGUCCAUGCAGCCCGCCCUCGGCGUCUUCGACGGCGCCGCCAGCGGCUCCGACCCCUUCGACGCCGCCGUCGACAUCCUGCACGGCCCCACCGGCGGGUCCGUCACGCUGAGCCAGGCCGUGCACAUCUGCCCGGGGACCAGCUACGCCCUCGACUUCGUCGCGCGCCGCGUCUACGGCACGACCAACCCGCAGCGCUCGUGCACGAUCCAGGCCUCGCUCGGCGGCCGCCAGGUCCUGAGCCCGACCGGCAUCGAGCCCACGCUGACGACCUGGAAGACCUUUGGCCCGCUCCCGGUCUCGGCCUUUGGCGCCGGCGACGGCGCCCUGACGCCCGCGUCCAAGCACUACUACACGACGCAGUUCGCCGUCACCGUCACCUGCAACGGGAAUGGCGGUGGCGGGUCCGACACUUUCAGGCUGGACAGCUUCUCUAUUUACCCGCAGUAA